UAGCCUGAGAGGGGUCCUGGACAGUCCUGGCAGUCAAAAUGAGGCUUUACCUCCCCGUCUGCUGCCUGCUGCCUCUACUGGCACUCGCCACUGCAGAUGCAGUGGAGUCUGAGACUGAGCCGCUUGUGCCGUUCCAGCUGAAGUCUGAAGGCGAGCUGUUUAACUGCUGUGAUGGCACAGAGGAUAUAAGCCAGAGCUCCUCCAAUGACACUCCUGCACCAAACAGACCUGUGUGCCAACCCUGUGGCACUGGUGCACAUAUUGACACCACGGCAGAAGAUGUCAGCUCUGAGGAUGAAGAGGAAGAGGUUGUUUCAGAAGAGAAAUCUGAAGAGUUGAAUCAAGAGGAGACCUCUUCUGAAGAGAUAUUUGAGGAGGAAGCACAGGAAGAAGAGGCAGAAGCUGAGUUAGAUGACUCUAAUGAAGCAGCGGCGGAGGAAGUUAUUGAGGAGGCACGUGAAGACGUGAAGGAGGAGGAGAUCUCAGAGGUAGACAGUGAUGUAGAGUCACAAAUAGUUGUUGAGGAAUCUGUGGAAGAAGACGACGAGGAAGAUUCUCAGACUGAAGAGGAGGUAGUUGAGGAAGAGGAGGUUCUUCGGACUGAAGAUGAAGCAGGUGAAGAAGAGGAACUUGCUCAGACUGAAGAGGAGGUAGUUGAGGAAGAGGAGGUUCUUCAGACUGAAGAUGAAUCAGGUGAAGAAGAGGAACUUGCUCAGACUGAAGAGGAGGUAGUUGAGGAAGAGGAGGUUCUUGAGACUGAAGAUGAACCAAGUGAAGAAGAGGAACUUGCUCAGACUGAAGAGGAGGUAGUUGAGGAAGAGGAGGUUCUUCAGACUGAAGAUGAAACAAGUGAAGAAGAGGAACUUGCUCAGACUGAAGAGGAGGUAGUUGAGGAAGAGGAGGUUCUUCAGACUGAAGAUGAAACAAGUGAAGAAGAGGAACUUGCUCAGACUGAAGAGGAGGUAGUUGAGGAAGAGGAGGUUCUUCAGACUGAAGAUGAAACAAGUGAAGAAGAGGAACUUGCUCAGACUGAAGAGGAGGUAGUUGAGGAAGAGGAGGUUCUUCAGACUGAAGAUGAAACAAGUGAAGAAGAGGAACUUGCUCAGACUGAAGAGGAGGUAGUUGAGGAAGAGGAGGUUCUUCAGACUGAAGAUGAAACAAGUGAAGAAGAGGAACUUGCUCAGACUGAAGAGGAGGUAGUUGAGGAAGAGGAGCCUGAAGAGCCAGUGGAAGAGAAAUCAGAAGAGGUAACGGAGGAAGAAGCUGAAGAAGAGGAAGCUGUAACGGAGGAAGAAGGAGCUCCUGAGGUUGUGGAAGAAGAGCGAUCUGUAGAAGAACCAGAAGCCUUUGAAGAAAUGAUGGAAGCAGGAGCAGCUGAGGAACUAGUUGCAGAUGUUGUUGAGGAGGUUGUUGAAGUAGCACAAGAGGAAAGUGUGAAGCUUGUGGAACCAACUCCUGAACAGGUUCAAGAAGAUGUUUCUGCACUUGUUGAAGAAACAACAGUGGAAGAAGUGUCAGAUGAUGUACCAGCAACCAAAGCGUCUGCGAAAGUGGAGAAAACAACCCCGUCAGGUCCUACCACAAGAGAUCAGUCUCACAUCGAAGAGACGCUGCGUCUGGCAACAGCUGAACCUUCACGGGAAUUUGUCGAUGCUCUGAAGAAGCUGCAGCAUGUCUACAACACUGCAAUUAAACCCAUGGACAAGGCCUACAAAUACAAUGAGCUCCGGCAGCAUGAAGUGUCAGAUGCAGAGAUCACCUCUAAGCCCAUGGUCCUGUUCCUGGGUCCUUGGAGCGUUGGCAAGUCUUCCAUGAUCAAUUAUCUUCUAGGUCUUGAUGACACUUCACAACAGCUGUACACUGGGGCUGAGCCCACAACCUCAGAAUACACUGUACUGAUGCACGGUGAGAAGUUUCGCACCAUUGAGGGUAUUGUCAUGGCGGCAGACAGUUCCCGCUCUUUCUCACCCCUGGAGAAGUUUGGUCAGGGGUUUCUGGAAAAGCUGGUGGGAAUCGAGAUGCCGCACAAACUCCUGGAGCGCGUCAACUUUGUCGACACGCCUGGAAUCAUCGAGAACCGCAAACAACAAGAGAGAGGGUACCCCUACAGCGAAGUGUGCCAGUGGUUUAUCGACCGUGCCGAUCUCAUCUUCCUGGUGUUUGACCCAACCAAACUGGAUGUCGGUUUAGAACUUGAAAUGCUGUUCAGACAGAUGAAGGGACACGAGUCACAGAUCCGUAUCAUCCUCAACAAGGCUGACAGUCUAACAACCCAGGACCUAAUGCGCGUGUACGGCGCCCUCUUCUGGAGCAUGGCACCCUUGAUUAACGUGACAGAACCACCACGUGUCUACGUGAGCUCAUUUUGGCCGCAGGAUUACGCUCCUGACACCAACAGAGAUCUUUUUAAACGUGAGGAGAUCUCUCUGCUGGAGGACCUAAAUCAGGUAAUCGAGAACCGGCUGGAAAACAAAAUCGCCUUCAUUCGGCAGCACGGCAUCCGCGUGCGCAUCCACGCCCUCCUGGUCGACCGCUACCUGCAGACGUAUUAUGAGAAGCUGGGCUGGUUUAGUGACCCACAUGAGGUUUUCAACGAUAUUGUCAGUGACCCUGACAAAUUCUACAUCUUCAAGUCCAUUCUGGCCAAGACCAAUGUGAGUAAGUUCGACUUGCCAGAACCGGAGGCGUAUCGGGACUUCUUUGGAGUCAAUCCUCCCAGCGGCUUUAAGCUCCUCUCCUCGUACUGCAGCUGGUCAGGCGGAUGCCUGCUGGAGAAGAUCGAGAAGGCCAUCACAGAUGACCUGCCGGCUUUGCUCAGCAGUCUGGCAGAGAAACGGGAAGCCAAGGCAGAAGCGGCUGCAGAAACCAAAGAGAAGCCCUCAAACCGUUGGAGGAGACAGUAACAGAAGAAUGGUGGGAGAUGUGGGAAGUAUGGAAGAGUGGCACCAAAGCAAUGAAUGAGAGUAUAAGUGACACUUAGAUGAGAUUCACAUCAAUGGAAAGCCAGUUAAACACAGUAUGUACAGAGACUCUUACCACUCUGUAUAAAACAGACCUGGGAUUCGGUGUCCUAUUUUUCUUCCUUUUCCGUUAUUCUUUUUCUUCCUUGUUCUAAUUUAACUCAGCUAGCACAUUUUACUUAUUUAUACUAU